AUGCCAAAGGUCCACCUGCUGGACUAUGUUGCGGGCAACGUGCGUAGCUUGGUGAACGCCAUCGAGAAGGUCGGCUACGAAGUCGAGUGGAUUAGGAGACCCGAAGAUGUUCCUUCAGCAGAACUAACCACCACGGCCCGCGAUCAGAAACUAAUCCUUCCAGGCGUCGGCCACUUUGGCCACUGCCUCUCCCAACUCGCCCAAGCAGGCUUCCUCCCCGCCAUCUCCGCCCACAUCGCCUCAGGCAAGCCCUUCAUGGGCAUCUGCGUCGGCAUCCAAGCUCUUUUCGAGGGCUCGGCUGAAGACCCUGACGUCCCCGGCCUCGGCGUCGCAAAGGGCCGCCUCGACCGCUUCAAGUCGUCCGAUAAGUCCGUCCCUCACAUCGGCUGGAACAGCGCCAACACGGGCGGCGCAAGUCUCUACGGCCUUAAACCGGACUCCAAGUACUACUACGUCCACACGUACAAGUAUCCCUACAUCCGCGGCGAGCUCGAGGCCCAGGGCUGGACCGUGGCGACGGGCACCUACGGCGACGAGACCUUCGUCGGCGCCCUCGCCAGGGGUAACAUUUUCGCGACGCAGUUCCACCCGGAGAAGUCGGGAGCCGCUGGUCUGCGCUGCCUCCGCGCCUUCCUCGACGGCUCCGGCGCCGUCGCCCUGGCAGGCGGCAGCUCCGUCAUCACGCCCUCCGCCGAGGCGGUCCCCUUCCAGGACGGCCUGACGCGCCGCGUCAUCGCCUGCCUCGACGUGCGCACAAACGACCAGGGCGACCUCGUCGUGACAAAGGGCGACCAGUACGACGUGCGCGACAAGGGCGAGGGCAACAACGUGCGCAACCUCGGCAAGCCCGUCGAGAUGGCGCGGCGCUACUACGAGCAGGGCGCCGACGAGGUCACCUUCCUCAACAUCACCAGCUUCCGCGACUGCCCGCUGGUCGACGUGCCCAUGCUCGAGAUCCUGCGCCGCACCUCCGAGACCGUCUUUGUGCCGCUGACCAUCGGCGGCGGCAUCCGCGACACCGUCGACACGGACGGCACAAAGGUCUCGGCGCUCGAGAUCGCGACCAUGUACUUCAAGUCGGGCGCCGACAAGGUCUCGAUCGGCUCCGAUGCCGUGCUCGCGGCGGAGGAGUACUACGGCGCGGGCCGCAAGCUGUUCGGCAACACAGCCAUUGAGCAGAUCUCCAAGGCCUACGGCAACCAGGCCGUCGUGGUCUCCGUGGACCCGAAGCGCGUGUACGUGCCCAAGCCCGACGCGACGCGACACAACAUCAUCAAGACGGCGACCCGGGGCCCCAAGGGCGAGGAGUACUGCUGGUAUGCGUGCACGAUCAAGGGCGGCCGCGAGACGCGCGACAUGGACGUCGUCGAGCUCGUGCAGGCCGUUGAGGCCAUGGGCGCCGGCGAGAUCCUGCUCAACUGCAUCGACAAGGACGGCACCAACAGCGGCUUCGACCUCGAGCUCAUCUCCCAGGUCAAGGCGGCUGUCGAGAUCCCCGUCAUCGCGUCCAGCGGCGCGGGCCACCCGAUGCACUUUGAGGAGGUGUUUGAGAAGACGACGACCGACGCGGCGUUGGGCGCGGGUAUGUUCCACCGCGGCGAGUACACGGUCAAGCAGGUCAAGGAUUUCCUGCGCGAAAAGGGGCUCAAGGUGAGGCAGUUUGAGGAGAGCAUAUAA